GGGUAGCUCCUACCUAACAUCCAACUGUGAGCUUUAAAUUGCUUGAUCAAAAUAUCAGUGAUAACUGAUAAUUACAUCGACCUACCAGCAUUCAAGAGAUGCGACCAGAGAUGAAGAGGGGAAAUGGUCAAUUGCUUUUUUGUUUCAGGUUUACUAAAGAAGGGAAUAAUCGAUUCGCGUGUGUGGUGCCGUUGGGAGCGAAAAUAUGGGGGCGAUUGUGGCGGUGUCAACUCUGCAAACGCUGCUACUUUUGGCUUUCUUCUACUCGGCCGCUUCCUAUAUUGAUCCCCGUGAUUUUUCGGUGCUUAAAUCCUUGAAAGAUGGAUGGCAAAAUACACCACCAAGCUGGGGAACGUCAGAUGAUCCCUGUGCAGCUCCCUGGGAAGGAGUAAUUUGCAAGAAUUCAAGAGUAACUGCAUUGAGAUUAUCAAGUAUGGGCCUAAAAGGUAAACUUGGUGGUGACAUCGGAGGCCUUUCUGAACUGAGAUCAUUGGACCUUUCAUCCAAUCGAGGUCUCACUGGUUCGAUCUCUCCAGCGCUGGGGAAUCUGCCGAAUUUGAAUACCUUGAUCCUGUCUGCUUGUGGGUUUAGCGGUAGUAUUCCAGAAGAAUUGGGCAAUCUUGCUGAGCUUUCCUUCUUGGCUUUAAAUUCUAACAACUUCACUGGUACCAUACCACCAACUUUGGGAAAACUCUCCAAACUCUAUUGGCUAGACUUGGCAGAAAAUCAGUUGACGGGUGCUCUCCCGGUUUCAACUUCCAAUUCCCCGGGUUUGGAUCUCCUUCUUGAGGCAAAACAUUUUCAUUUCAGCGGAAACCAGUUAUCAGGUACCAUUUCACCUAAAAUUUUUAGCUCCGAGAUGAUAUUAUUACACAUAUUAUUUGAUGGAAAUAAAUUUUCUGGGAGUAUCCCAUCAACAUUGGGACUUGUUAAGACUCUUGAGGUUCUCCGACUUGAUCGAAAUUAUCUAACAGGAAAUGUCCCAUCAAAUCUAAGCAGCCUAAUAAAUGUCAAUGAAUUGAAUUUAGCCUACAAUAAGCUGAUAGGUCCACUGCCAAACUUGACUCAAAUGACUUCACUAAAUUACGUGGACCUUAGUAACAACUCAUUUGAUUCAUCAGCAGCUCCGGAGUGGUUCACAAAUCUACCAUCGCUCACCACUCUGAUCAUUGAAUAUGGGCCGAUACGAGGAAAUGUGCCACAAGGAGUCUUUAGCUUACCACAAAUUCAACAAGUAAAACUGAAGAACAAUGCAUUAAGUGGGACAUUAAAUAUGGGUGACAGCAUCAGCCAACAAUUGCAGCUCGUUGAUUUGCAAAAUAACAAUAUUCCUUCAGUUACCUCUAUUUCAGGAUAUACCAAAACUUUGAUGCUGACAGGAAAUCCGGUGUGUAGCGUUGAUGCGUUCUCAACUAUGAAUUUUUGCCGGCUUCAAAAGCAGCCAACGGAAUCUUAUUCUACUAGCCUUGUCCACUGUGGAAGCAAGUCAUGUCCUCUUUAUGAGGAGCUGAACCCUCAGAGUUGUGAAUGUGCAUAUCCAUAUGAAGGGACUUUAUACUUUAGAGGACCCUCGUUCAGGGAAUUGUCCAAUAUAACUCUGUUUCAUUUACUGGAAAUGAGUCUUUUGGAUGCAUUCAACCUCACGCCUUCUAUUCAAAAUCCUUUCUUGAAUGUUCAAGAUUAUCUCCAAAUGAAGCUGGCACUUUUUCCACCUGAUAAGUAUUUCAAUCGGUCAGACAUUCAGAGGAUUGGGUUUGAUUUGCAUAAUCAAACUUACAAACCUCCCCACAAGUUUGGGCCAUAUUAUUUCAUCGCAUUUCCUUAUCACUUUUCAGACAUGAAUAGGGAAACUUCAACCAGUUACGGAGUGGUAAUUGGAAUAGCUGUUGGCGGUGCCUUUCUCGUUCUAUGCCUCAUUGGAGUUGUAAUAUAUGCAAUUCGGCAAAAGAAACGUGCAGAAAAUGCCAAGCCAUUUGCUUUAUGGGCACCAAGUGGAGACGAUAGUGGAGGUGCACCACAAUUAAAGGGAGCCAGAUGGUUUUCUUAUGAUGAACUGAAAAAAUGCACAAAUAAUUUCUCCAUGAGCAAUGAGAUAGGAUCCGGAGGAUUUGGCAAGGUAUACAGAGGAGUUCUUGUGGAUGGAAAAGUAGUUGCAAUCAAAAGAGCUCAACAAGGAUCAAUGCAGGGUGGCCUUGAGUUCAAGACAGAAAUUGAACUGCUUUCACGAGUUCAUCACAAGAAUCUUCUUGGCCUUAUUGGAUUUUGUUUUGAACAAGGAGAACAGAUGCUUGUUUAUGAAUUUAUGCCUAAUGGAACUCUUAGACAGAGUCUAGCUGGGAAAUCCGGUAUUUAUCUUGAUUGGAAGAGAAGACUUCGUAUUGCACUUGGAUCUGCUAGAGGAUUGACUUACUUACACGAGCUCGCGAAUCCUCCCAUAAUCCAUAGAGAUGUUAAGUCAACCAACAUUUUGCUGGAUGAACAUUUAAAUGCAAAGGUUGCAGAUUUUGGUUUGUCCAAGCUUGUCUCAGAUAGUGGAAAGGGACAUGUUUCUACUCAAGUUAAAGGGACAUUGGGUUAUUUGGAUCCCGAAUAUUACAUGAGUCAACAAUUGACCGAGAAAAGUGACGUGUACAGCUUUGGAGUCGUUAUGUUGGAACUGCUAACUGCUAAGUUGCCAAUUGAGAAAGGAAAGUACAUAGUUCGCGAGGUGCGUUUGUUGAUGAAUAGGAGUGAUGAAGAAUAUUAUGGUUUGAAGCAGAUUAUAGACGAGACGAUAAUAGAUAAUACAACGAAACUUGUCGGGUUCGCAAAGUUCUUGGAAUUGGCCAUGCAAUGCGUUGAAGAAUUAGCUGCAGACCGCCCCACAAUGGGUGAAGUGGUUAAGACAAUUGAGAGCAUUUUGCAGAAUGAUGGAAUAAAUACGAACGCAACAUCUGCAUCUUCAUCUGCCACAGACUUUGUGACUUCCAAAACUGCUCCUAGGCAUCCCUACAAUGAUGCUACACCCAAAGAGGAUGCCAACAGCCAAUGAUAGUAUUGCCUUUGAUGAUGGCAUUAGUUGAACUUAAGUUGAAGCGUUUUUCAUUUCAGAGAGAUGUGGACAUGUUUGGGGUGAUUUUGGUAUACCCAUUUUCUAAAAUCACUUGUAUAUUAUUGUCACACUUUUAAAUGCAUGCUCUAGCAUAAUAUCGAUCGUUUGAUAAUAAAAUACCAGUGAUUUUAAAAAUGACAAAAGUUCAAACAUGCUAUU